AUGCACAGGGAUAACAAAUGGUUGUACUCGAGUCGUCUUCUUGCAUCCGAUUCUGGAGUCAAUUACGAACUACGCUAUUUGGGUGCCGUUCCUGUUCGUGUUUCGAUUAAGUCUGUUGACCUGGAAACUCGAACUAAGAUUGCUCACGCUGCAAUUCACCGGGUUAUCGAAGGUAUCGGCCUUAGACAUCCAGAUUCGUUCCAUGUAGACAGCCCCGGCAAUUCUUAUCUCGAUACAGCUUCACAGAAAAACUGGGCUGCUAUCGGCGUGUGCCUAACUAUCACUUCAAGUAGUCUUUCUGUGAAGUCCCUGCAAACGAACCGGGUUCUUUUUCACCACGAUUUAUCUGUGGUAUCGUUCGCUUCCGGUGGGGAUCCCAGUGCGGCCGACUUUGUAUGCUACGUGGCGAAAACUCCGAACGGUGAACGCAUGUGCCAUGUGUUUGAUUGCCCACUUGGUCAAGCGCAAGAUGUUAUUGUCACUUUGGGCCAAGCCUUUCAGUUGGGGUUUCAGGAGUUCAAACGUAGCCGAAACUUGGAUUCAGGUUCAAUUUCUUCAUCGAAGAGGACGGAUGAUAACAGUAACCCAGUGCCGUUUUCCGAUUCCCUACCCACCCACUGUUCAGCUCUCGCAUUUUCCGGUCGUAAUACUUUAUUGGACCUCCUUCCAAAGCCUCCUGAUGCUCAACCUGAUCGAUCAUCCAGUGAUCUUUCUCCCCUCCUAUCUCUUGACAAAGCUACUGAUUUCACUGAUAGCACAUGGUUGUUAAAUGAGUCCGAUCAACAACAUUCCUACGAAUCACGAAAAUGUGAUGCACUUGCCUCUACGCAGCCCACGGCAUCCACUAAUGGUGAUUCGAUUGUCAAAGCAGAACGCAUCGGUUCUAACGCAAAUGGCUGCACGCAACAAGACGUCUCCUCUCAGAAAGUUGAACAGUUCCGGCGAUUAGAGCCCAUCGGUGAACCUUGGUAUGUUGGACCCAUGUCUCGCUCAGAGGCCGAAAGGCUCUUGAGAUAUGAAGGCGAUUUUCUGGUCCGAGCAAGUCAGCAUCAACUUGGGCAGUUUAUUCUCAGUGGAUUACAAGAGCACAAAUGUCGCCACUUGUUGUUAGCGGAUCCCAAUGGACAGGUGCGAACCAGAGAACGCGUUUUUGACAGCAUUCAACAUCUAAUCGACCAUCACGUGCAAAAUGGAUUGCCAAUCCGUUCUGCUGACAGUGAAAUCCGAUUAAUAUUCCCAGUUUCGGCCAACAGUUUGUACGAAGCUUGA